AUUACAAUUCUGGAAAAAAAAACGAAGGAAAGAAAAUUCCCAAAAUUAAAAAGAAAAACUAGGGUUUUCUUCUGCCCAAUCCUAAUCCUUCUUCUCCUUCCUCCUCGGAUUAACAACACUGCCGGCUGUCGGGUAUCCCGAAUCACUUGUCUCUUCACCAACUCAUUCUCUGCUUUUCUUAAUUUCUUAAUUCAUUCCUCUGCCUAAGUCGUGAUCGAUUACAUAGCUUCACGGCUCUUCUAAUCUUCAUCACGAUUGCUAAAAAACUGAAAAUUUCCUCUGAGAUGCAAUCGAAAUCGGGGAGAGGGAACGAAGAGGAAGCCAAUCAUCACCAUGCUGAUCAGCAGCAGCAGCAGCAGCAGCCGAUGAUGUAUCCUGAGCCCUGGUGGAAGACCAACGCUUUUGGCGUUAUUCCACAAGAGCGACCUUCUGUGCUUCCGUCGAACUCCUCGUCUUUGGAUUGUCCCAAUGGUUCUGAAUCAAACGAUGUUCAUUCAGCUUCUGAAGACGGUGGUGGUGCGGGUAAUGGCGAAAACGAUGCCGCUUGGAAGGAUUCACAAGCUGUGACUUCCUCCCCUUCAGUUGACCAACAUGGAAUGGAAGGGAGUGAUCCGACACAUGUGGCGGCUUCUAUGCACGGCAUGCAUAAUCAGCAACCUGUACAACCACCAGAGCUUGUUGGACACUACGUGGCUUGUGUACCACCUAAUCCGUACCAGGAUCCAUAUUAUGCGGGAAUGAUGGGAGCAUAUGGACAUCAGCCAUUGGGUUUUCGUCCAUAUCUUGGAAUGCCUCGUGAAAGAACAGCACUCCCACUUGACAUCACACAAGAACCUGUUUAUGUGAAUGCGAAACAGUACGAGGGAAUUUUAAGGCGAAGAAAAGCUCGUGCCAAGGCCGAGCUAGAAAGGAAAGUGAUCAACAGAAAGCCAUAUCUUCAUGAGUCAAGACACAAGCACGCAAUGAGAAGGGCAAGGGCUAGUGGAGGCCGGUUUGCUAAGAAGACUGAGGCAGAAGCAGCAGCAGAGGAUGCAGCAGCAGCAGCUGGUAGAGAAAGAGAAAAAGGUUCAGCAACCAACUCAUCUGGCUCUGAACCAGUUGAAACUGACUCUAAUGAAACCCUGAACUCUUCAGGUGCACCAUAAUCAAGCCAAAAGCUCUGAGAAAAAAGGAGACACGCUUUGGCUUAUAUAUAUAUCCAUUGCCUCAAACCGGCAAAUCAUUCUUGGCUUUUGGGUUUUUUGUGUUUUGCUUACUUGUUCUUGUCUGUGUGGGUUUUGGAAGUUACAAUGUACAAAGAGUAAACCGAGUGAUGUUAGGUGCUAGAUUCUGAGACAAGAGAUGGGGGAAUAGUCAGUAGGUCUUGUUUUUAUUCUUUUUUUUUUCUUGUGGAAAAUUGGAAUAUACGUUUGUUUAAUCGUUUUGCUUUUCACAUCUGAAAGUGUUACAGAGCUGACAUUGUUGUUCGUU